AUGACCUCUUCCCAGACAUCAACGAGCCCGCCCGGCGACGAGGAGCUUCCACGAACCAUUGUCUACGACCCAAACGACCCGUUUUGGCGAGAUACCGAGGAUGAGGAGGAUGAUGACGACAUGAACUUUGUUCCUGCGCAAAGUGGCAGCGGCGAGGACGACGAGGACGACGAGGGUGGGGAUUCAAGUUUUCAUGAUGCUGCAGAGAGGUUGAGUAAUCUGAGUGGGGUGGAGAUAUCGUUUGAUUAUCCUGACGAUGGUGAGGAUGACGACGAGAAUGAAGGAGAGGAUGACGACGAAGAGGAUGAGGAUGAGGAUGAGGAUGGAGAGGGAGAGGACGACGACGAAGAAGAAGAAGAGGAAAGAGAUGGACAGACUGCAGAAGGGGCAAGGCGGCCUGUCUACAUCACGAGAGAACAGAUUAUGCAACUGCUUGGGCAUGCAGGACUUGGUCGGAUAUUUGCACAAGAUUUCACCCCGGGCUCUGCAAGACGAUCCGCUCGUCGUGGUCGUGACGAUGACGACGAUGAUGGGGACGAGAGCGACCCUGUCAUGUCUACCCGGAGAUCACGACGUCGCCGAGACCGCGGCCCAUAUGGUCGUGCAGCAUUCGAGCCGGUUCCCAAUGAGAAGGGCCGAGAGCUAUUGGAGGGCGGCGACUUUGGAUCCAAUCCGCGGUCAGAGGAUACCAUCAAGAGGAAGAAGAAGGUAGCGUACAACAUCAUGAAGAGAGAGCUAGGUCUUGGUAGUGAUGGGCGGCAGAAGAAUGCCACCCGGCUGCUGAGACAAGACAUGAUACCCGAAUCAGUGGCCGACACCAUCAUUCACUACAACGCGCGAUGCUACUCCGGCCAAUUCUCAGAUGAUGGAAACUUUUUCUUUUCCUGCGCCCAGGAUUUCUGGGUGAGGAUGUACGAUACCUCUAACCCGUAUGACUGGAAGUACUACAAGUCCGUCUUAUACCCUUACGGCCAGUGGACCAUCACAGAUGCCUCACUUAGCCCCGACAACCGCUUCUUAGCCUACAGUUCUAUUCGUAGUAUCGUAUGCCUCGCCCCAACCGAUCCAGAUGAUGAGUCUGAGCCUAGCCUUCUCGACUUUGCCAAUAUUGGUAGCAGCGCUCCCCGCGGCUUCCACACAUACUUUGGCAUAUGGUCGAUCCGCUUCUCAGGCGACGGCCGCGAAAUUGUCGCUGGCACAGGGGAUAAUUCCGUCUACGUCUAUGACAUCGAGCGUCGCCAAUCCGUCCUGCGCAUCCCAGGCCACGAAGACGAUGUGAAUGCCGUCUGCUUUGGAGACUCGCAAUCCCCGCACAUCCUCUACUCUGGAUCCGACGACACGACGCUGAAAGUGUGGGACAGACGAAGCAUGGGCGACGGCCGGGAAGCUGGUGUAUUCCUCGGUCACACCGAAGGCCUUACUUAUGUCGACAGCAAAGGUGACGGACGCUAUGUGUUGAGCAAUGGUAAAGAUCAAACAGCUAAAUUGUGGGACCUGCGGAAAAUGAUGAGCAAGGAAAAGGCGGAUACCAUUGAUCCAAACGUCUAUACGACGCGCUUCGAGUACCGGUCCAACGCCUACGACGAGGACGACUACCGUCCGCAUCCCCACGACAGCUCGGUAGUUACCUUCCGCGGUCACAAGGUUCUCAAGACCCUGAUUCGUUGCCAUUUCUCGCCACCCGGAAGCACAGACAGCCGGUAUGUGUAUUCCGGGAGUUAUGAUGGAAGUGUGUACAUUUGGAACCUGGAUGCCACGCUGGCCGGAAAGGUGAAUGUGUUGAAAGCGACGAAGAAUUCGCGGCCCAGGGACCCAGAUUUGCUGGCGGAGACGUAUGAUUAUUGGGGGAGGAAUGGGGGAAGUUGGAUGACCUGUGUCAGGGAUGCGAGUUGGCAUCCCAAUGCGCCUUUGAUUGCUGGUAUGAUUGAAAUAUGUUCCUUCUGGGUUUUGACUAUUUUUCUGGCUGCCCUUGUUAUUGGGAACGGAUAUACUGACAGGCGAUGA